AUGGAGGCCGAACUUUCAGAAAUCGAGUUGCGACGAGCGGUCCUGGAUGGCGACGCAAAGCAGGCCGCCAGUCUUCUCACCAAACACCAGGAGGCCAUACAGGAAAUGAAUAAACUUCUGACUGCUAGUCAAAAGGAAAAACAAGCACUGGUCGAGCAGAUGACAGCCCUUCAAAAGGCCCUGACGGAUGCUGAUCUGGAGAAACAGAGUCUUAUCAGGCAGACUAAUAAGCUUGAAAAAGAUCACCAACAACUGAAGCGAUACCUCGAAAAGUCUGAGAAGGAAAAGCAGAAAGUUGAUGCCUACCUCAACAGAUCGACGAAGGACCGUAACAAUACAAAAGCGGCGAUUCGUGAGAUGGAGAAUGAAAAUGUGGAGCUGAGGGAGCAGUUGCAGUGUGCACAGCUGGACAAGGCAUUUCUAGCUUAUGCGCCAUCGUCAGGCCUCCAUGUAUCAAUCCUCAACCUCGAAGCCUCGGCUCCGGCGAAACUCUGUGAACUGGAGAAGAGCUAUGCACAGAGGAUGAGCCAGCUGACAAUGCAGCAGAGAGCUGACUCCGGAAAUGAAGUUGACCGUUUGCGCCAAAGCCUUAAGCAGGCUGAGCGCGCCCUCGAGGCCCGCGAGCGUGCCCACCGCCAACGCGUGAGAGGAUUGGAGGACCAGGUAAUGGGUGCUUACUCAUGCCAAAACCCUGUAUGUGUAGCCCGGUAG